AUGGAAGCCAUGGUUUUCUGGAAUUUCCAUUUGCGGGGGUCUUUUGUAUCCAUUGGUGAUGUCCAAUCAAUGCCUAGGGCAAAUCUUAUCUGCCAAUUCAUGCAUCUGGCAGCAAACGUAAAACAAGGUGUGGCGUCCACCAGGACCACAAGAAGAAAGGAGGAGACGGUGGAGCAGCUAAAAUUGAAAAAAGCAAAGAAUACUUGUAAACAGCUAAGAGUUUGGAGAUGCCUAGCUGAGGGCCACCCGGUUUUGCUGUCCUUCUCGGGUCCUGUCCAGGGUGUGGGUACCACAGGCUGCUCAUGGGCCAAGGCGAGUUUCGAAUAUGGUGAUCAAUAG